AUGCUCCUCCCUCACGCCCGACCUCUCUUUUACGCCUACCAGAUCAUCUCCAACGCCUCGCAUCCCCCACAAUGGCCGUCCAAGUCAAAGACCAGAACCUGCGCCAUCCUUGCAUGUCCGCCACUCUGGGCGACCCGCAUCACCUCCGAGAACACCCUCCAGGCCAUCGAGCUCGCUCGCGCACGGGACAUCGACGUCGUCGGCUCCUUUCCCAGCGACAACGCGAGCACUUUGACAUCAUUGUCAGCAUGUACCACCGACCCCGGCCAGAUCGCCAUGAGGCUCCUCUGCUUUGACAUUGCCGUCACCAUGGCUGAGAGGAGGAUACUCAAGGACAGCCUGGCGGCGGACACCGAUCCCGCCGUCCAGAGCGUGCUGCUCAAGCCGCCUUUGCAGGCCAACACGACCGUCGUCGACCUGCUGAGCAGGUCGUGUUGCUGA